AUGGAAGCCAUGAAUGUUCAGAAAGAGAGAGGAAGAGCCAUCAAGGAAACUGCAAGCUCGAAUGGUGAAUUGAAGAGGAAGUCAUGUGGUAGAGCUGAGGGAUCUAUGUCCGUGGUUGAGACUCUUGCCAAGUGGAAAGAGAAUCAGACACAGCUUGACUCUUGUAAUGUUGACACUAAACCCAUUCGUAAAGUUCAAGAAAUUCGGCAGCCAAAUGGGGGAAAGAGGAUGUGGCUUGGUACUUUUGCAAACGCACUAGAAGCUGCCCUUGCUUAUGAUAAAGCUGCAAGGACCAUGUACGCUUCUCAUGCUCGCCUUAACUUUCCAGAUUCUUCUACACCUACAACUUCAUCCUGCAUUUCUCCAAUAGAAACUCCACCAGGGUUUGAUUCAACGACUACAUCAAACAACUAUGAGGUCUUUGCAACUAAGGACACCACACAUUUUUCUCCUAAUGUGAUGAAUGAGGAUGGGAGAAGUGAAUUGAGAACUGAUACUCAGCAUUCUGUGCUUGCUGCAACUCCAAUGAGGUUUGAAUCCACAACUACAUCAAACCAAUAUGAGUUAUUUGCUGCUGAGGACAUCACAUUUGUUUCUCCCAAUUUGGAGAAUGAGGAUGGAGAAGGCGAAUUGAGAACCGAUGCUCAGCAUGUUGCGAUUGCUGAAACCAACAUGCCUAAUAGGAUGGUAGAGAAGCAUUUGACAGGUAAUUUUAUGGAUGAAAUAUUUCAUUCAGAUGAAUUUUCAGAGCUUUUCAACGAUGAUUUCUUUAGCAACAUCGAAUUGCAAUUUGAUUGGAAUUUUGAUGUUGGUCAAUUGGGGUUUCUUGAUGUCGACCAAUGCGGGAAGCUUCCAGACAUAGUUAAUAAUGGAGAAUAA